AUGACCGGGAACGAUGAAAAUCGAUCAGGGGACUCGAGGUCACUUUUUCCUCCAGUCAUCCAGACUUUCGAUGAAACAAACACUGUUGAGCGCUCGGGCCGACCCCGUGGCAAAGUUUGUCGGUUUCUGGGCAAGGUUACGAACGGUGUAAUCACAAAGAUUUCUGCUGAUAUCAUACGCAAGCGCUCGAACCUGAAGGAUUCACACAGCCGCGACCCUGUUCCCCCAAACGUCGAUCACGAAGGUUCAUUGAUUCCGAAUAUUGAACUUGAAGUUCAGCCUGCCACCGUUCAAGAUGCUUCUGCUGGUGUGAAACGAGGUACCGAUCCCCAAUUAGUGACCACAGCACUUCAGGAUGCUCGUGAUGGUGCAGAUCAGAUGAAUGCACUCUGGGGACCUGCGGGAUCCAUAGUGUCUGCAGGCCAAAAUGCACCAGCGGCUCUCGAUAAUAUGGGCAAUAUGGAAGUCACAUAUCUUCAACCCCUCAGGAUAUUCGACACUCUGAUCGGGGAGCUUGCGAAUGUACAUCCGUAUGCAAAGAUGGCACUGGGUGUGCUAUCUUGCGCAUCGAAAAUAAUCAUUGCUCAAGCGGAUCGCGACGAAGCGAUACUCGACCUCUACAGAAAGUUGGAUUUCGUCGAUGAGCACCAUCUUGGGACAGAUCUCUCAGCAGACCCUUGA